CGUGUUUACAUUUUGGGUUCAAACAAGAAAAAACAAUGAAGGGAGGAGCGAUUCUCAGAAAAAUUCAUCAAGGUAAUGGCAGCUGCUCUAUCCUUCUACGGUGUCCCUGUCAAUUUGAAACGGUCUUCUGCCCGGUCUGUGAAUUACGUGCAAAAUGUGGGUUGUCGACGUUCAUUAACAAUCAAGUGUGGUCUCGACGAUUUCAUUGGAGGAGAUUUGCUGAAAUUUGAUCUAGGCCAGUGGUUAUCUGAUGUAGAAGAACACAAAGCAUUGGCAAUAUAUUCCCCUCACGAGGGAGGUUACGAAGGACGUUAUCUUACACGUCUGAGGUACCAGGGCUACCACUUUCUUGACCUCUCAGCUAGAGGUCUUGGAGAUCCUGAGACAACACUCACUAAGAUCCACCCUGUUUGCCCUGCUCAUGUGGGGAAACAGCCCAUAGCUCGAUGGUAUUUUCCGCCUGAGGUUGAUUAUAGACUCUCCUUACUGCCACCGAGCUCCAAAGGUCUUGUUGUUUGGAUAAUUGAAGCUAAGGUACUGUCGAAAUCAGAGUUGCAAUUUCUUGCUUUGCUGCCUACUCUGCGACCUAAAGUAAAAGUCAUUGCAGAAUGUGGAAACUGGAGAAAAUUUGUGUGGAAACCGCUGAAAGAAAUAGCUGGAUUGACUGAUGAAAAUGUGGCUAAUGCGACAGGAUCUCCGGUCCUUAAUUUCAAAUGAAGUAGUACAAGGAGAACAACAAGAUUGUAGCUUUCAGUAGAUAAUGGUUUUCAAGGAUCGAAAAUCAAAUACCAAAACAUGCAAUUCGUGUUCUGCACAUGAUAAAACCAUUUUAUUGCAUACAAUACAUGCAGGCUUUGUAUUUCACCGAAGCUAAACUCUCCAAACUGAAACAUAAAAACAUGUAAUCUUAGAUUUAAGUCAGUUUGUUAUAUAUAACUGAAAUGCAACAUGGUAGCCUUAUAAUCUUAAA